AUGGAGUUAAUUAAGCGAGGACAUGAAGUUACUGUGAUAACUCCAUAUCCUUAUUUUAAAAAUGACACUGCUCCGAAAAAUUUAAGAGAAAUUGACAUCCAUGAUAUUUCAUACAAGAUUUGGAAUAAUUUCUCUCUUACUGUCACCGGAAAAGAGGAUGAUUUGAUGAAGCAAGUUCCUGCCUUCGCUAAAAUAGUUUACGACAUAUUUGAACAAAUAAUGAGCGUGAAAGAUGUUCAAGACCUUAUAUACCAUAAAAAACGGCAGUUCGAUUUGAUACUUUUAGAAGCAUAUUUCGUACCUAUGCUGGGAUUUACACAACAUUUUAAGGCACCUACAGUUUUACCCCUUCUAAUGGAUAAGGAUCUCCAGCAAUAUUUGGAUACUUCACAAAACGGUGUCAUUUACUUCAGUUUUGGAACCAACGUUCUACCAUCUGCUUUACCUCAAGAAAAAAUUAAAAUAUUUGAAAGUGUUUUCUCACAACUGCCUUAUAAUGUGAUAUGGAAAUGGGAUAGUAAUGAAAAAUCCUUUAAAUCAGAAAACAUAAAAAUAUUUAAAUGGCUACCACAAUCAGAUCUUUUGAGACAUCCAAAUGUGAAAUUAUUUAUAACUCAAGGAGGUUUACAAUCGACAGACGAGUCGAUCACUGCUGGUGUACCACUUAUAGGCAUACCAAUGUUAGGAGACCAGUGGUAUAAUACAGAAAAAUAUGUUCAUCAUAAAAUUGGUAUCAAGCUUUUAUUAGAAAACCUUACUGAAAAUCAAUUGAAAAAUGCAAUCAUAGAAGUAAUUGAAGAUAAAAGUUAUCGUGAAAACAUCAUACGACUGCGCUCCUUUAUGCAAGAUCAACCGCAGGCGCCCCUGGACCGUGCUAUAUGGUGGAUAGAAUAUGUACUUCGACACGGCGGAGCUAAACACUUGCGAUCACCAGCUGCAAAUAUGUCAUGGAUUGAAUACUAUGAAUUAGAACUUGUCCUUAUACUUCUAUCUAGUAUUUUAAUAAUUAUAGGAUUGAUAACUUUUCUCAUUAAAUAUUCAAUAUCGUAUGCUUCUAAAUAUGUAAAAGAAAAACAAUUGUAG